UUGUAUGUUUAUUAGAUCGAAGCGGACCUCCGCAGCGUCGCCCAGUCGUAUUCCGGAGUGAAAUCCAACUCUCCGAACACUACCGCAAAACCUCCUUAGCUCUGCUCCGUUGCUGAUCAGCCGAUCAAGUCCGAUGGGCGCCAAUGCUCGUGAGAAGCCCUCCCGUGCUGGCGCCGUCGGGCGGAAGCGCCACGUCCCCCGUCCGGCGACGGUCUCAAUGCUCCCUUCAGACUCCACCGCCCCUAAACUUCUCCCCGGGGGUUUUCCUCCUCCGAUCCCCUCCUCUGAUCCAGCCCUCGUUGCUUCUUGUAGCUACCCUAGCCUCAAACUCAAUCUGGGCCCCUGCUCUAACUCUAGCACUAACCUUUAUAAUAACGGAUUUGAUGAAUCUGGGUGGGGCUACUGCACCGAGGAGCAGCUCGAGGAGAUCGUUAUCAAUAACCUCGAUUGCGUCUACAAGGAAGCUAUCUCUCGUUUGGUCUCCGUCGGCUACGAUGAUGCCCUAGCGCUUCGAGCCGUUCUUUGCAACGGCCAUUGCUACGGCGCCUUGGACGCACUCUCCAAUAUCAUGCAGAACGCACUUGCGUACCUCAACACAGAAGCUGCCCACACUGCUGACGACGGGGAACCUCCUGCCGGCGCCUUCUCUGACCUCCGCCACCUCGAGGAGUAUUCCCUUGCUGGCCUGGUUUGCCUUCUGCAGCAGAUCCGCCCAGAUCUCUCCCGGGGUGAGGCCAUGUGGUGCCUCCUCAUGAGUGGCCUCCAGGUUAGCCGGGCAAGCUCCAUUGAGCUCCCUUCCCUCUCGGUUCCCGGUAAUUCCCAAGCAGCCAGUGCUGCUGGCACCGCAUUCCCCUCUGGUGCCGCUUUCCCGUUCGCCGUGAGUGGAGAUUCUGCUGGCACUGAACCAGCUUCUGUCAACUGUACUAUCGCUCAUCCAUCUGAAGGCUUGAAACGUUUUGAUUCACCGCCAUUACUGAAAUCUAUUCUGAAACAGCACAUUACUGAGUAUUGCCCUGAGCUAAAGAUACAGGGCAGGCAAACGCAACAGGAGGUGGAGGAAGAGGAAGAGGACCUAGAGCAGUUGGUGCUAAAAAGACUGGAGGCUAUGAGAAUUGAGGAUGAGAAGCAUCAAGAUAAGGAGGUUCAGGAUCAGAAGAAGGAGAUGAUCAUGGACCUUGUUCAUCAGAUUCGUGAGCUGGAAGGCCAGGUCAAAGAGAGGAAGGAAUGGGCUCAGCAGAAAGCAAUUCAAGCUGCUCGGAAACUGAGCAGCGACCUCCACGAACUCAGGGUUUUGAGGCUGGAGCGGGAGGAGAACCAGAGGGCUGUGAAGGGGAAGCAGGUGCUGGAGGACUCGACCAUGAAGAGGCUUGCAGAGAUGGAGAAUGCUCUAAAGAAAACUAGCGGGCAGGUGGAUCGAGCUAAUGCAGCCGUCAAGAAGCUUGAGACUGAGAAUGCUGAGAUAAGGGCUGAAAUGGAGGCAUCAAAGCUAAGUGCCUCUGAGUCAGUUACUGCAUGUAUGGAGGUUACGAAGAGGGAGAAGAAGUGCCUGAAGAAGCUAGUGGCGUGGGAAAAGCAAAAGGAAAAGAUGCAAGAGGAGAUUGCUGAAAAGAGGAAGAAGACUGUGCUGGUCCAGCAGCAGUUGGCUGAAGUGCAGGAGGCUACAAAACAAGCUGAGAUUAAAUGGAGACAAGAAAUGAAGGACAAGGAAGAAGCCCUUUCACUCCUUGAGGAGGAACAUAGAGCCAAGGAAGCUGCUGAAGCGAACUGCAAGAGAAGGCAAGAGGGUUUGCGCCAGAAGAUUGAAAUAGAUUUCCAGCGUUAUAAAGAUGACAUUCAUAGAUUGGAAGAGGAACUUUCAAGGCGUAGGGAAGUCGCUGCAGCUGCCCGACUGAUUCAUUCAGUAGAUACAGAGGCACCAAAACCUCUUGCAGAAUCCAAUCCUAAGGUUCUUCUUCCUGAGCCGCGACGCUCGCCACAGAACAAUAAACACAGGAUAUGCUGGGUCUGCAGGGACAACGAGGUCUCAGUAGUUUUCUUACCAUGUGCCCAUCAGGUUUUAUGUUACAGCUGCAAUGAAGAAGGCAGGGAGAAGGGCAGUCAUACCUGUCCAGCCUGCAAGGAACGUAUUGAAGAUAGGAUUCAUGUUUAUGGUGCCAGCUCGUAGGGCUUUUAUUUUUUGUGGAGUUUCAGUUGCAUUCCUUAUCCUGUAGGUCAUUUUUUCCUUUUUGAAUUCCCUCACGGCCUCUUCACCCAUCAUUUAAUCUGCAAAAAUACCCUCACACUGUAUUCCUUUGCUUGGUGGCCAAGCUGAACUAGUAAAACAAUACUUAUGCCUUCCUAUGGCCGAUGAAAGUACUACAAAAACUAUUAUUGAAAGGUGUGAAAUUUCAUGCU